AUGGGGAAAUUUGCUCGCACAGCUCAAACUACACACCUUCUUGGUCGUGUUUUACGUCACGUAUCAGACACAGAGAUGGAUCCUCAAUUCUCUCGCGAGGAGAGAAGGUCUUUAGAGCGUGCCUUACAGUCCUUAUUGUCCCUAACUAUUGAUGAAGAAAAACUCAGCACAUCUCACUAUUGCUCCCCAAUUGCGUUAUCUGCGAGACAUCUUAGUGCCUUGCUUGUUCUCCAUUCUCAUCCUGAAGCCGAUGCUCUCGGUGCGGAGAGCAGAGCCCGCUCCCUGGCGGCCAUGGAAGCUCUUUCUCGUGUCACGCUGUCGUUUGCUCAUAAAUUUAUUACAGAAGUCAAAUUCGAGUCGGAUGAAGCUUCACCACUGUUAUUAGAUAUAAUGUAUCGCUCGGCGGCCGUUUUCAUCACCCUCCAACAGACCCAUGUUUGUGAUGAGUUCAGAGACUGUGAACAAGUUUUGACAAGAGCCAUGGAGAAAUUAGGGGUGGGGUGGAUGGCUACUGGUGUUUAUCUUGAGUUACUGGAGGCGAGGAGAUUGGCUACUGUCCAGCUGGAAAUUUCAACUUAG